AUGACUGGCCCGCGUGCGCAGGCUGCCUAUGUUAGCUUGCGCGGCGCAAACUCGCAUGACGGUUAUGUUCGUCUAGGGCCAGGUUACCGCUGGUUUUCCAUUUCGAUGUUCCACCAGAUGCACUGUCUCAAUCAACUUCGCGUAAACCUUGUUGACCCAGAUGGAGAGUUAGCCUCGGAAUCGCAUGUUCAACACUGCUUGAACUACUUGAGACAAUUCUUUUUAUGCCACGCCGACGACACUCUAGAGCCAGGAGACUUUCUCCAAAGCGAGCAUAUCAGGGGUACUAUCAGUCAUACUAGACAAUGUCGGAACUGGAUGAAACUUGAAGACGCGGUUGAUGCCAACUGGAGGGAUUGGUUGGCAUAUAGCCAGACUCUGUGACAUCAGCUUCACAGUGCAAUAGAUGUUGAGCGGCGUUUCUGUACAUGAAUGCAUGACCGCUCAUAGAUGCGACAUUGUAAUAAAUAUCUAGUG